AUGGAAGCAGUCGUGGCGGUUGGGCUUGCGAGCAAUAUCUUGGGCUUCAUCGAGUUCGCGGCCAGCCUGGUCCAUAUUCAGAACGAACUAAAGAACAAUUCGCUUGUUGCCGAAUACAGGUCCUAUCAGGACAUCGCUAGAGAUAUACAGAAACAUGCCAAACGGAUCAAAGCAGGCAAGGAAGGAUGCAAGAACGAUGAGAUCCUCGUGAAAAUUGCGGACAACUGCUGCACUUUGGCUGAUCAGCUAUUCCGCCGUGUGAAGGCAUCAACCAACAGACACGGCACGAACAUCUUCAAUCGCACUUUGACAGCCAUCUCUACCCUAUGGAACAAGAGAGAGAUCCUGGAAAUCAUGUACACGCUCGAUCAGCUUCGCAGCGAGUUGAUCAUGCACAGGAUUCAUGAGAUAGGGCGGCAACAGAUCCGACAAGAAGCUGCGCAAGCAGGUAAAGAGGACCUUCGCAAUGUCGUGAAGCUACUACAUCAACUCCAGUCUGAUCUUGAUGCGCUCAAGCUUGACGAUGCUCCACGACCGAAAACGAAAAGGUCGAUGUCUCUCGACCUUGACAAAGCAGCAUGUGCAGACAUAUGUCCAUCCUGCAAAGCCAUUCUCGAGACCGACGCAAGUGCCAGCGACAUGGUUGGCGCAGAUGGCAACAAUGGCUCUCUCAGCACUCGAGGUCAGCGGGCUCCAGCACCCGAUGUCUGCCGGCCAAGAGUCAAGGCCCAUCCUGUCGUUACACCACUGUACAUUGCUACGCGCAAAGACGACACAGAGCGCUUGAAUGUGCCAAUGGACACUAAGGCCGAUAUGAACUGCAGCAAGGCUCAACACCGACGUGGCUGCGUCGGGCUCGUCAAGACUGCCACUAUCUCGGAAUGCAAGCGCUGGAUUAUAGCAUCACGACUGUGUCAACUAUCGUUAGUCCUGCGCAGCAAGGUUGUACCCGCAAAAAUUCGAACCAGAAAUGUCACACUCGUGUACCAGAUCGAAGUCCACUUAGCUGCUGCUUCGUCACUUUCAUCUUGGAUAUUCAGCACGGUCUCGCUUUCCUGCUCCAUCGUACUGAGCAUGUUGAGCAGACCGAGAAUGACAUUGCAACCUACGACCUAUCGAACGCUAGGGUGCCAUCACGAAGUGUGGAUGGUCAUCGAGCAUGGCGAUUUGGACCAACUUCGGUCGCUCUUGACUGAGAAGCGCGUCUUCCCUUCUGAUCGCGACUGCCGUGGAUCGACACUACUUCACAAUGCCGCAUUCUUCAAUCAGCUGGAGGUCUGCAAAUGCUUGAUAAGUUAUGGCGCUGACAUCAACGCUACCAACGAUGCUGGCCUCACACCUAUCGUUGACGCAUCUGUGACAUGGAAGAUCAUGGAAGCAGACAAUGGACUCGACGUCUUCUAUCAUCUCCUGAGCCUGUCAUCAAUAUCACUUGACGCCUUCUGGGAGAACGAGCAGUACGUCUUCCGCUCAGCACAGUCGUUCGACUGCUUCUUCCACGACGACUCCGUGCUGCAUGACCUUGAACCGGAUACCGUGGCCGGAAGGCUGAGCAACUGGCUGUCAUCUUGUCACUCGAUCGAAGCUGAUCUAGACGUCUCGGGGUCGCACACUUUAUUGGCGCUGGUGAUCGCAUAUCUGAGCGAGCGUGCACUGCUCACUCAGCGCUGUUGCUGGUGGCAACCUUUGCCGGCUUAUCAGAAUUUCCUAGUCACAAGUGAAGAAGAUGGACCAGACCGUUUCCUCACGUUGAAGAGACGCAUACUAGUAUUUGACCAUGUCCUGGAUCUCGUCAACAGCGAUAUGUUUCGAGGUCGUCUCUUAUCGGCUGUUCCGAUGGUGUCAACGGUCAAGCACUACAUUUCUUUAGUGUGCGAAGCUAGAUCGGAGCAUGAAGCCUUGCAACAGCAGGCCAGCGAUGGUCCAAGAGAGCAUCGGCAGGUGUGUCACCGCGGGUUUCACAUCACAUUUUGUCUAGCGACGAACUUGAAGUUUCUGGAGCACGUGCUCUUCGCUGGGCUCACAACCCGAGCAGAUUCUGAUACAGUCAUGUCGCCGGACUGCCUUAAAGAAGACGGCGAAGCAAUCUCUGAGCUCUUUGCAAAGGCCGGCAUGCGCCACAUCUGGGUGGACAUCUUACAAGAGCUCGGGGUCGACUAG